UACAGCAAAUUAAAUACAUAGACACGUAUGUACAUAUAUCCAACAAUGAAGUUGUCUAAAAAUUAACAGCUUAAUGGAAUCAGGUAUUCUUUGUAGUUGGCAAAGCUGGCACACAAUUCAAAUUGGAAAAGUGACAGAUUGAAAUUGAAAUGUUAUUUAAAAUAUAAAAGACGUUUGUGCGUAAAAAUUUUCUUCAACAAUUUAUUGAAAACUACGUUACCGGAAAUAUUUGAAAAUGUCGUCUGAAUGGUGUACCUGCUAUAACACGAAACCAGAAGAGAAAUCAUGUGGCUGUAUAGAUAUCGACGAAAAGGAAUGUGUUUGUCUUCCGCCCUCGAAAGAGAAACUCGCUUCCUUUGUGGAAGUUACGAAGCGCAAAGGAGUUGACGAAAGCAAGUACGGACGUGUUUUUGGUGUUUCUGGUCCAGUGGUGACUGCUGAGAAUAUGUCGGGCUCCGCUAUGUAUGAGUUGGUGCGGGUGGGAUAUUUUGAGCUCGUUGGCGAAAUUAUACGUCUGGAAGGUGAAAUGGCGACGGUUCAAGUUUAUGAGGAAACUUCCGGUGUCACAGUCGGCGAUCCUGUUUUAAAGACCGGUAAACCGCUCUCUGUAGAAUUGGGUCCAGGUAUAAUGGGUGGUAUUUUCGAUGGAAUUCAGCGCCCUCUACGCAUUAUAAACGAACUCACAAGUUCUAUUUACAUACCGAAGGGUGUGAAUGUUACAAGUUUGUCACGCGAUAUAAGUUGGGAAUUUCGCCCAGGCAAGGUAUCAAUCGGUUCACAUUUGACUGGCGGUGACGUUUUCGGAUACGUACAAGAAAACACAUUGGUAAAUCAUAAGAUUUUAAUGAAUCCACGUGCAAAAGGUACUGUAAAAUAUAUAGCGCCACCGGGUCAAUAUGCUGUCGACGAAGUAGUACUUGAAACCGAGUUUGAUAAUGUUGUUACCAAACAUACAAUGUUGCAAGUAUGGCCAGUGCGCCAGCCGCGCCCAGUUAAUGAAAAAUUGCCGGGCAAUCAUCCAUUGUUAACGGGACAACGGAUAUUAGAUUCACUUUUUCCAUGUGUUUUGGGUGGCACAACUGCAAUACCAGGUGCAUUCGGUUGUGGCAAGACAGUAAUAUCUCAGUCUUUGUCGAAAUAUUCCAACUCUGAUGUCAUAAUAUAUGUUGGCUGUGGGGAACGUGGUAAUGAAAUGUCCGAAGUAUUGCGUGAUUUUCCCGAACUAUCUGUUGAAAUAGAGGGAGUCACAGAAUCUAUAAUGAAGCGUACCGCUCUGGUGGCUAACACCUCCAACAUGCCUGUCGCGGCACGCGAAGCCUCUAUUUACACUGGUAUCACACUUUCCGAAUACUUCCGUGAUAUGGGUUACAACGUAUCAAUGAUGGCUGAUUCCACCUCCCGUUGGGCUGAAGCUCUUCGUGAAAUUUCUGGUCGUUUGGCUGAGAUGCCGGCCGAUUCCGGUUACCCCGCCUACUUGGGUGCACGUCUAGCCUCCUUCUACGAGCGUGCAGGACGCGUCAAAUGUUUAGGUAAUCCUGAACGUGAAGGUUCUGUCUCCAUUGUCGGUGCUGUAUCGCCACCUGGAGGUGAUUUCUCAGACCCUGUUACCUCCGCCACACUCAGUAUUGUGCAAGUAUUUUGGGGAUUAGAUAAAAAGUUAGCGCAACGAAAGCAUUUCCCAUCAGUAAACUGGUUAAUAUCGUACUCAAAAUAUAUGCGUGCGUUGGACGAAUAUUACGAAGAGCAUUUUCCGGAAUUUGUCCCUUUACGUUUAAAAGUUAAAGAAAUUCUGCAAGAAGAAGAGGACUUAUCCGAAAUCGUACAGCUUGUGGGAAAAGCUUCAUUGGCCGAGACCGAUAAAGUAACUUUGGAGGUAGCCAAGUUGAUUAAAGAUGACUUUCUGCAGCAGAACUCAUAUUCGACAUAUGACCGCUAUUGCCCAUUCUACAAGACUGUUGGCAUGCUGAAUAACAUAAUUACGUUCUACGAUCUAUCACGUAAUGCUAUAGAAAGUACAAUUUCGGAUGAAAAUCGAGUUACAUGGAAUGAGAUACGUCAAGAAAUGGGAAAUAUACUGUACGAAUUAUCAUCCAUGAAAUUUAAGGAUGCACAUAAAGAUGGAGAACGAAGAAUCAUGCGUGACUACAAAAAACUUAAUGACGAUAUGCAAGCGGCUUUUAGUCGAAUGUUGGAAUGAAGUAACUUGGUAAAACUGUUUCGCUUGAUCUCAAAUUCAACUUAUUGCAUAACACUAAUGAUACCGUUAUUAAUAUUUUUAUACUAAUGCAUAACACUAAUUAUACCGUUAUUAAUAUUUUUAUACUUGCAUAACUCAUACACUGAAAUAGAAAACUUAAGAAUCUCCAUUUGUAACUGAAAACCGGAAUUUUUUAAGUUUUUACUCACAGUUCUUGUUUGUACCACUCGCCUGAGAUUUCAUUUUUUAUAUCAGUAAUAAACGGUUUAAAUUAUA